AUGGCCUCGUGGCCCAGACUCUUCGACCGCGACUUCGUGAGUACAGCUGCGCCGCAGCCGGGCCUGCGCGGCUCGCGGCGGGCGGCGCUGCGGGCGGCCGCCGGCGAGGUGCGGGCGGCCGACGACGACGCUCGCCUGCUGGAGGCGCUGGGGGGCCGGGUCUACGACGCGGAGCGCAUCGAGGGGUACUUCGCGGAGCGGCCCGGGGAGCUUGCGGCGCAUGCGGCGUCCGUGGGCGCGGAGCUCGGGUCUCUGCUGCUCGCGGCCGCGGCCGGCGCGCUGGCCGUGCUGGCGCAGCAGUGGCUCCGCGGCGCGGGCGCUGCUGGGGCGGCUGCCGAGUGGGCGGAGUGGCGGCGCUCUCUUGCGCCGCGGCUCGCGGGCGCGCUCGUGGCGAUGGGCCCCUCGUACAUCUCGGGCAGUGCCAGGUUCGGCCAGUCGCUCGCCUCGCGGGCGGACCUCGUGUCGGCGGAGGUGGCCGCCGAGCUGCUGCGGCUGCAGGACGCGCUGCCGCCCUUCGACGCCGGGGCGGCGCGGGGGAUCCUGGAGGCCGAGCUGGCCGGCGCCGCAGACCAGGGGGCGGCGCAGGAGCUGCUCCUCUCCCUGCGCGGGGCGGUGCACGGACGCCUCGGGCGCGAGGUCUACCGCGGCCAGCUGCGGGGCCGCGCCGUGGCGGUGAAGGUGCAGCGCCCGGGCGUGCGGCGGGCCGCCGCCGCGGACGCCGCGCUGCUGCGGCUCCUGGCGCGCGGCGUCGCGUCGCUGCGGUGGCCUGGCGCGGCGGGGGGCGGGCGCCUGGUGCGCGCGGACCUCGUGGGGGCGGUGGACGAGUUCUGCUCGCGGCUCUUCGAGGAGCUGGACUACGCCCGCGAGGCCGACAACCUGCAGCGGUUCGACGCGCUCUACGGCGAGGGCGGCGUGCACGCGCGGCUCUUCCCCGCCCCGGGCGUCCGCGUGCCCCGCCUCGAGCGCGAGUUCUGCUCGCGGCGCGUGCUCGUGAUGGCGGUGGGUCGACGGGGAGCGGCUGAUGGGGAGCGUCCUGGACCGCUCCGGCACGGAGCUGUCCAGCGAGGACCUGCCGCUGGUCGAGCUCGGCAUCACGGUGACGCUGGUGCAGCUGCUCGAGAUCGGCGUCAUGCACACGGACCCCCACGGGGGCAACCUCCUCAAGAGCCGCGUGGCCCCCGCGGCGGGCGCCCUCUCCCCCCGGAGGUGGUGGCCUCUGCGGCGGGUGCCCUCGGAAGAAGUCGCCCAUCGCUACCAGCUGCUCUACCUUGA